GGCAAAAUUUAUCAUUUUGGCCGGGAGUCGCUGCAGGCAGGCUUCAAGGUUUUCAGGCGAUACACCAUCCAUUUCUCGGCAAAGCUUUCUACACUUGUCUUCACUCUUCGCUCACCUCUUUUUACGAAGCAACUCUACAGAGAGAGAGAGAGAGAGAGAGAGAGAGAUAAUCCCCUUCACACUCACAACAACAAUCACACUUCAAUCGUCAUUGAAUUCUCAUUACUCUCAACGCCAGAACAACAUGUUGCGAAGGUCUAUUUUGGAGCUUUCGUCCCGUCAAUCUUUUAGAAGGAACCCAACUUGGGUUUCAACUCAGAUACCCUCACAUCUUUCUUUUAGGAAGCCAUAUUCAGUUGCAUCUGAGCAAAAUGCGCCCCAAGGGUCUGGUUCAACAGGCAAGCCACCUGAGUCGGGGAGUUAUUUCUCAAAAGUUAUCAUUGGAAUUCUUGCAUUUGGUGCUGCUGUGGCAGCUUAUCGUUUAAAUGAACAAUCUGUUGAAGCACAGCGUCGUCGUCGUGCUCUUGAGUUAGUUAAAAUAGAUCCAGUGGACCUGUCAACAAAUAUUAAAGAUUUGAAAGAAGAUAAACCUUUGGGGGAGCAAAAUGUGAUGUCCAGCAUUCAAGAGUCAAAUGUGUCCAGUCCUAAUACAGAGCCUGCUGAGAAAAACACUGAAACUCAUUCAGAUCUUCCUCACCUUGAUGAUUUGAGCAGAAGCGGAGGAGAAAGCCAAUUUCAGGUAAAAGAUGAAACUCAAUUGACACCUGAAGAAGAUAUAACACCUAUCGAAGAGAAAGAGUUGCCCAGCUCUUCUCCAAGCAUCGUGACAUCUGAUGAUGAAAGUAAAACUUCUGGAACAUCACUUGACGAGAGGCUUGACGUGAAAAGCACAAACAUGAAACCUAAGAUAGAGCAGCAUGAGGCAGUUGAAAGCAGAACGAUACUUAAGGAGGCUAAUGCAAUUCCUGAAGAAAAUGAGAUGAAGUCAACAUCACCUGGGCAGCAAACUGCUACAGACAUGCCAGAGGAUGCACAUGGUGGUGUGGUACAACCAAGUUCCCUUCUUGAUGAAUAUUACUUGAGAGAUAUGGAUCAGGCAACCAUUUCCACUUUAUCUGACAAACAUAAGGAUUUAGUUGGUGCAAGUGAAGAUUCCAAUGAUGUUUACAUAUCCAAGGAUGGAAAACUGGUUCUUGAUUUCAUACAAGCCAUUCAUGCAGCUGAGAAAAGGCAAGCGGAGUUAGAUGCUCAUAUUUUUGCUGAAGAAAAGAGAAAGUUGAAGGAGAAGUAUGAAAAGGAAUUGAAGGAUACUAGGGCCAGGGAGCUUAUGUAUGCUGAAGAGGCGGCUAUACUGGACAAGGAAUUAAAUAGAGAAAGAGUUAAAGCUGCUGCUGCUCUCAAGUCACUUCAGGGAGAAUUAGAAGAGAAACUUAGGAUGGAACUUGAGCAGAAGGAAGCUGAAGCAGAAUUGCAGCUGAAGAAAAUCCAGGAGCUAGCAAAAGCCGAAUUGGCUGCAGCAAUUGCAAGUGAGAAGGCAUUCCAGAUAGAAAAGAUGGCAGAAGCAAAUCUACAUAUAAAUGCCUUAUGCAUGGCAUUCUAUGCACGGUCUGAAGAGGCUCGCCAUAGUCACUCUGUUCACAAGCUUGCUUUGGGAGCACUUGCACUGGAAGAUGCAUUAUCCAAAGGGCUACCAAUUCAACAAGAAAUAGAGGCUUUGCACACUUAUCUUGAAGGCAUUGAUAAAGACCCACUUUUGGAUUUGGUUCUAUCAUCCCUUCCUGAAGAAACACGGAGCACCGGCACAGAUACUACAUUGCAAUUGAAGCAUAAGUUUGAUGCUUUGAAAGGGACGUUACGGCACUUCAGCAUGAUCCCGCCAGGUGGUGGGGGCAUUCUGGCACAUUCUUUGGCUCAUGUUGCAUCCUUGUUGAAGGUUAAGGAGGCUGACCAUUCUGGUGAUGGGAUCGAAUCUCUUAUUAACGGAGUUGAGAGCUUCCUAGCAGAGGGAAAACUCUCCGAAGCAGCCGAUACUCUUGAGAAUGGCGUCAAGGGCACCAAAGCUGCGGAAGUUAUCAGUGAUUGGCUGAGGCGAGCGAGGGAUAGGGCCAUUGCCGAGCAAGCUUUAACCAUGCUCCAGUCCUACGCUACUUCCAUCAGUGGUAGUUAAAUUUCAUGUUUGAUUAUCCAAGUUGUACCCCACUGAUGAUAUGAAAAUCAAUGCAACAGUUUAGCAUACAGAAGGGUCAUGGUUUUCCCAAUUGUAUCCAUGAGAACACCGCCAUUCACAAUCUCUGCCUUUUGAACAACUUGAAACCUUAAAAUUUUGUAAGCGAUUGCAGCAGUAUUUUGUUUUGCAAUCUGCGAGGACUGUCCAAAUGAUGCUUAAAUAAAAUUCAGUUUCUUGCCUAUUCUUCA